AUGUCAGACCCAAAUAGCUAUGCUAGUUCCUCGGGUACUCCUCCGUCCCUGUCCCCUUCGCCAUCAUCCAUUCCAGCCACUCCUACAAGCAGAAGACAACGGCUUCUCGGUUUUGCAAGAGCUACUCGUGACACGUAUAUCCCCAAAAUAACAACUUCAGUUUCUCUGUUUGCCUCUGGAAUCGGUUCUAGAGCGAUUGAAUAUGAUGAAUAUGGUAUGGUGGCUUCGUUGCCUAGUAAUACCCAGUUUACCUUAUACCCAUCUUACACAAGAAAGAUAGAUGGCAAGUACAUUGUCACUGUUCGAGGAUGGAUGUGGUGUCCAGGAAAUAUGUCCAGGAAAAACAGAUUGGUCUUAUCCUUGGCUAAACAGGUCACUCGUUCUAAUGACGAUACUGCCCAAGUGGCCGUAGAUCGUCUCGAACAUGACCCAACAUUAUCUCAGAACAUCGCCACAGAAGAUGAAUCUGACAGUGCAUCAAUAUCAACAUCUGCAUCAAAUGGCUCUGGAGCUACUUCGGCAUCAUCUCAACUGAGAGAUUCUGAUGCAAGACUUCGAAGUCGUCUUUCUUCGUUCUUGGCCAGGUCUAUACCUAACGCGGGACUUGCUAUCGUUGUUGGUGCUGCUGAUUCUCUGAAAGCUACAGAACUACGGCUGGUGUCUGUUGUGACCGACCCUAAUGGUCAUUUCAAAGCAGAAAUCGAUGUGUCGUACGCUCCCUCAGUCGUACAAGUUGUGAGUAAGAUCGACGAAGCGGUCUGUGCAUUUCAAGAAAUCCAUCAUGUUGAAUACAAUGGAUACGGUGUUAUUAGUGAUAUUGAUGACACUGUCAAGCUUACAGGAGUGAUAGGUGAUAAGAGAGAGCUUAUGAGGCGCUUACUUUUAGGUGAGAUUGAGUCUUGGGAGAUCAAAGCGGUUGUUUCAUGGUUCAAUAACAUCCACGCCCGCUUCAAUGCUACGUUUUUCUAUGUUUCUAAUUCUCCUUGGCAAUUUUUUAAUGUUAUUCAAGAGUAUGUGCCUCAGGUUCAACUUCCACCAGGCUCCUUCCAUUUGAAGCAAUACACUGGCAAUAUCAUUUCUUCUCUAAUGGAGCCAUCAAGUUCAAGAAAGAAAACAUCGCUUUCUAAAAUUUUGAAUGAUUUUCCGGAGAAACUUUUCAUUUGUGUGGGAGAUUCAGGAGAACAUGAUUUUGAGGCAUACGUCGAUCUUGCGGUUUCUUAUCCAAGUCAAGUCAGGGGAAUUUAUAUCCGUGCGGUAGAAGAUUCAUUAUCCGAUGUUGAUGAUUCGAACAUCUUAAAGGAAAUGAAACGACUUUUGAGAGAGUGGAAAAGAAAACAAUCCCCCAAAGUUACGGAGAAGAAGCCGAAGGCACCGCUUGAUGAUUUAAUUGACCUUUCCGAUGGCUCAUCAUCAGCAAGUAACGCUACCGAGAAGACAGUGACACCGGUUAAGAAACCUCCACCAGCAAUUCCUAAGAAACCGCUGGCUUUGAAAGGCUCAACUGUCAAUAAAGUACCGCCACUUCCUGAGAGAAGAUACCUCCAAGGUAGUCUGACUGAUACUAAAGUUUUGCAUGAACAUAUUGCAGAGCAAAGGGGUGAGACACCACCGCCACUUCCAAGGAGAACAACGUCGCCUGCUACGUUUGAAGACCACGCAGAUAAUCUCGAUCACCAAAUUAAUCUCCUCCGCAUUCACGACAUUUCAAGCUAUUACGAGCUUGAAGAUUAUGAUAAGAAGGGCGCUAUAUGGCUUCAACGUCUCACUAAAGCACUUGAAUUACUCGAUGGUGCUGGGGUCGACAUUGCCUUCUUUGAGGAUCAUGAAAAGACGUUCUUCGCAGAGACAAUGACUUACCUUGAUAGACAGAGACACUAA